CCCCGACACCUUCCAAGGACGAUUGACGACCUUUCGCACUCGCCAUGCCUCCCAAGUUCGACCCCAAUGAGGUGAAGAUCAUCCACCUGAGAGUGACUGGUGGUGAGGUCGGUGCCCAGUCUGCUCUGGCCCCCAAGAUUGGUCCUCUCGGUCUGUCCCCCAAGAAGAUCGGUGAAGAUAUUGCCAAGAACACUGGUGACUGGAAGGGUCUCCGUGUCACCGUCCGCCUGACCAUCCAGAACCGUCAGGCCGCGGUCUCCGUUGUGCCCUCCGCCUCUUCCCUGGUCAUCAAGGCCCUCAAGGAGCCUCCCCGUGACCGCAAGAAGGAGAAGAACAUCAAGCACAGCAAGUCCAUCCCUCUGGACGAGAUCAUCGAGAUCGCCCGCAAGAUGCGCCACCGCUCUCUUGCUAAGGAGCUCAAGGGUACCGUCCUUGAGAUCCUCGGUACCGCUUUCUCCGUCGGUUGCCAGGUCGAUGGCCGCAGCCCCAAGGACGUCUCCGACGACGUCAAGGCUGGCGAGAUCGACAUCCCCUCCGAGUAAAUGAUUCAAAUUCGCGGCGGUCGUGGUUUUUUACCGGCAUGCUAGUUACGGAAUAUGAUCAUCUUAUUCGAAACAAAAAUGUUUUAUGAGACAUGACUUUAGAUUCCCCAUUUCUGUUCUUUCGAAUUCGAUAAGUGUUUUCACUCGACGUCCUCGUUGAGACUCCCCUUCUCUCUUUUCCCGUCUCACAUAUGGUUUACUUGCCUUCUAUGCAAGCUGGAUCAUAAUGAGUCCCCACCCAGACGACCUUUGCAACACUCUGGCCCUUACCGUCUUUUCCCGCCUUCGGGCCUGGAAUUGUCAUAUCACAACGUGGUAUAGGCUUAUUUUAAGCAAAGAAGAGCAAACCGACCUGCUACUCACCGCGGUAUCUUCGAGGGGAGCUUCGUGCUUCUUUCUGUGGAUACAGUGGUCCAUUUAACGGUCAAAAUCACAAUCUUAGCCCCAGGCAUGUGAACAUGUCUGAUGAUCGUAGACAAUUGAAUCAAUUCAAGCAAUGAAAUUUACUCUUUUC